CUUUAGAGGCUCAGGAUGGAUAAAGGCUACUGGAAACUGACCCUGGCCCUUGUUGUGAUCUUGGCCAGCACCUAUACAGAAGCUUCAUUUUCCCACCACAUGGAUGACUUCAUCAGGGCGGUGAAGCAGGUGGAAGAUGGUGACCCUGAGGCAGAGCCGGUUGUUGUACUGAGGAGGCUGCGUAGGGCAGCUGGUCUAAAGGAUGCAUUCAUUCAGCACUACCUUGGUGAUGCUAACUCUGGUGGUCCUGAAUUGGAAGCCGGGCUCUCGAAUUACAUCAGCAAGGCUGUGAAACACAAGGUGACUGCUGACGCCAGAGAGGACGGUGUGGUUCUGACCUCUGAUGGCACCACAGUUGCCCUCAGGCCACUCCUCCUGGGCAUCGAGACUGGUUUCCUCUCCCAGUCCAGUGGGCGUGUUAGGGGCCUGUACCAGCUCACUCUGGCCAAAGACCUCAGUCUCUCUCUCAGACACGGUUCUCCUCUCCCCCACCGUCUGGGAACUGACGGCUGCUGGGACAGUCUAACCUCUCCUCAAGUCUUCACCCUCUCGGACGUCCCAACGCUUCUCACCCACUCCCAAGUCAACGGAGGCAUGGACGGUGUGAUCCUAGGAAUGGAGGUCGCUGCCAAAACCAGACAUCCUCUCAAGCUCAGCAGUCUGCUGACAGAGUACUACUGCCACCAGCUGGGCAACAACGGACUGGACACCGCCCCACGUCUAAUCAGUCGACGUCGCAGGGAGAACUUCAGGGGGCUGGUCACCCCUCCAGUGCUGGCCAGGAAGGUGAUGAAGUCAGUAGAGCUGGAGCGGAGACUGAAGGGGCGAUCAAAGAUGGAGGUGAAGGAGAAGAAGCAGCUGAUGGCCGUGGUGAGGGAGGGAAUGAAAGAGUUUGUCCACAUGUACACGGAUUGCCCAACCAUAAUACCUCGGUGUAUGUGGGGUGCAGAACCAUACAGAGGAACACCCACCAACCUGUCUCUGCCUCUCUCCUUCAUGUACAUCCACCACACUCACACACCGAGCCAGCCCUGCCUGACCUUCGAGCAGUGCUCUGCAGACAUGCGCUCCAUGCAGCGCUUCCACCAGGAGGACAGAGGCUGGGAUGACAUAGGAUACAGCUUUGUCGCAGGUUCUGAUGGACACAUCUACGAGGGCCGGGGCUGGCACUGGCGAGGAGCACACACCCUCGGACACAAUUCCAUAGGCUACGGCGUUUCCUUCAUCGGAGACUACGCCACCCAUCUGCCCUCCCAGCAUUCCAUGGGGCUGGUGAGAGAUCAGCUGGCAUCUUGCGCUGUCGGCGGUGGGCGACUGAUUGCCAACUUCACCCUGCAUGGGCACAGGCAGGUGGUGAACACUUCCUGCCCAGGAGACACUCUCUAUAAUGAGAUCAAAGGCUGGGAACACUUCAGGGAGGUGAAGAAAAAAUCUGCAUGAUAAGAGGAAGAGCCUUGGAUAAACCAAAACUUCACACAAUAAAAAUUUGUCUUAUUCUUA